GACAGAGAGAGCAAGCCCUUUGUCGGCAGGACCAACCACACGCACACAGACAGAGAGGGAGAGACGAUCUGUCCACCACCACCACCACCACCCCACCCCCUUCCUCCCCAUCCUUAUCACUGUGUCCACCGCCGCGCUACUCCAUCCAUCCCUCCCUCCUUGUCAUCUUUCUCUGUCUGACUGUCCACCGCUGACCCCCACCACACUCCUUCGACUGGCUAGGAUAUAUCAUUCUCUCUGCAACCGUCUGCUCGGCAACCAACCAACUCUACUGGUCUACGGCCCAUCCACACCACCGACCCACUGACGGACGCACACAUCAGGCACUUGUGGACAGGCGGCUGAGCUGGAUCUUCUUGAUGUAGCUGAUUGCGAGUGCCUCCCUCUCGGCAGCCAGGGCAGCGUAGUAGUAGUGCUCUGAUGACUUCUCGGGGCGGCCUGCGGUCUUCUCGCCUUCCCAGAGAGCGUACGCCCCCAACAGCACCCUGCACAGACAGACAGGGGAGACACACACAGAGACACAGACACACAUGGAUGUGGGGGUGCCUCGUGUGUGUGUAGGCCAAAGAAAGACUGACUGCAGCCCACUUACAUCGAGUCGAAGCGCUCGCGGCUGAGGCCCGCCUCGAUGAUGAGGCGGUCCUCCUCCGCAGGGACGCUCCGCUCGUAGUGCUGCUGGGGCGACUCGUGACGGCCCUCCGGCGACAGGGAACGCUCAAACGCAGCCUUCUUGACGCUGCAUGACAAGGCAGACAGACAGACAGACAGGGGAGACACACACACAUGCAUAGAAGGUGUCUUUGAUGGUGUCUCAGUGAGGUGUGCGUGUUGGCUUACUAGGCGUUGAAGGCGUCCUUGGGAGACGGGAAGCACUGGUCGGGGUGGUGCUUGUAGCCGGAGGGGGCUGACUCUGUCUCCCACACGUCGCCCUCACUAUCCUCACUGCUAUCCUCACUCUCCCAACCCUCCGACACUUCGCUGUCGCUCUCCUCACUCUCCCAACCCUCCGACACGUCGCUGUCGCUUUCCCCACUGCUAAACUCACUCUCCUCACUCUCUGACACUUCGCUGUCACUCUCCUGACUCUCCCAACCCUCCGACAUGUCGCUGUCACUAUCCUCGCUCUCCCCUCCCCCCUCCCCUCUGUGCUCACCAACCCUGACUACGGCCUCCCGACCCUCGUCACGGCCCUCGUUGGCAGGCUGGCUGUCCUGCACGGUGGGCGCGACGGUUCCGGCGGUGGCACUGCUGCCCUCGCUCGCUGUGGCAGGCGGGCGGUUGUUGGGGGGGUGGGAGUUGUGUGUGGGUGGGUUGUUGGCCUCCUCCGCCGGGGCUGUCGGGUGGGGGUUGGGCUGGUUGGGCUGCUGGUUGGGGCUGUCGGGUGUGUUGGCGGCCUGUGUGGCUAACGUCGCGUCUCGCCUGACCUGGCUACCCCUCACAAAGGCCUCAAGGAAAGGCGAAGUGAGGGUGGUCAUGACCUGAGUCGUGCCGUGGGUGUUGAGGUUGGUGCCGUCGGUGUUGGCGUUGGUGCCGUCGGCCGACGUGCUAUCAUUCUCUGCAUCCAUCCAUCAAUCAGGCCACACACACCAUAUCAACACAACACCAAGGCAUAUGACCCGUGACCAACUGAGACAGCAAGUAGUGUGUGGCUGGCUGACUUACCGUAGUCCAGUCCGAAGAGGGUGUGGGCGGCAAAGUCCGUGUGCGUUGGUAUCAGACGCGUGAUGCCGUUGCCGACCCUGUCGGCCAGGUCGAGCAUCGGGGCUAUGGACUGCAU